UGGACGAGGAGGAGGAGGAGGAAGAGGAGAUGGGUCUGGAGUGGGACGGCGAGGAGGAGACCCAAGCGCUGCCGCCAGCCCCGGGCCGUACACCAGGCGGGAGCGGUAGCGGCGUCGGGGCGGCCCCGGGGGGAGCCGCGGUGGUUGCCCCGGGGGGAGGUGGAGGAGGUGGCCCCGGGGGGGCGGCGGAGGACGCGGAGCUGGAAGCGGCCCUGCUGCUGCAGCGGCCGGAGCGGGCGCGGCUGAGCGAGAACACGCGGCUGGCCACCCGCUACGCCGUGCGCAUCUUCCGCGAGUACCUGAGCGAGAAGGCGCAGAGCCCCGACUUCGAGACCAUGGACAAGGGAGCGCUCUGCCGCGUCCUGCGCUCCUUCUACGCCGAGGCGCGCUCCAAGAGCGGACAGCUCUACUCCAAGUCCUCCCUCAUCAGCAUCCGCAGCUCCCUCAACCGCUACCUCAACGAGCCGCCCUACUGCCGCACCCUCGACCUCACCAAGGACCCCGAGCUGCGCGCUGCCAACCUCACCUUGGCCGCCGUCAUCCGCAAGCUGGAGGAGCAGGGCGCGGGGCCGGUGGUGCAGAAGCAGGCCAUCACCCGCGCCGACCUCCGCAAGCUCUACACCUGCAGCGUCUUCAGCACCCAGAGCCCCUUCGGGCUCCUCAACAAGGUCUGGUUCGAGACCUGCAUGUACUUCUGCACCCGGGGCCGGGAGAACCAGCGGGAGCUGGAGGAGGACUCCUUUGGGCUGGCCGUGGAUGAGGAUGGGCGCAAGUUUGUCUACUUCAAGGCGCUGGGGCCCUACCACAAGUCGCGCUCGUCCUCCUGGAGCAAGAAGCGGGCGGAGAGCAGCGAUGAGGAGAACCUGCCCCGCAUGUAUGAGACUGGCACCGAGUUCUGCCCCUACGCCAGCUUCGUCAAGUACCUCUCCAAGCGCAACCCUCUCUGCAAGGCCUUCUUCCAGCGCCCGCGGGACCACUGCAGCGAGGGUGACAUCACCUGGUACGAGAACAAGGCCAUCGGCAAGAACCUCUUGGGCACCCGCAUGCAGAUGCUCUCCAAGGCCGCCAAGCUCUCCAAGACCUACACCAACCACUGCAUCGGUGCCGUCUCCAUCGCCACCCUCAACAGCAUCGCCGGCAUCGGCACCAAGCUGGGAGGGCCACAGCCGCCACACCACCACCCCUCUCCCCACCACCACCACCACCACCACCUCCUCCACCACCCCGCCGGCGGGGGCUGCUACACCCCUGCCGCCCUCAACGGCGGGCCACGGCCACGGCUGCCCGCCGCCAACCCCUACGUGCUGCCCAAAGACGGUGACGCCGUGCCGGUGAAGGCAGAAGCGGCCGCAGUGGCCCCGGCCAAGCGAGCCCUCUAUGAGGCGGUGUUCCCGGCGGGGGCUGCGGCCGGUGGUGAUGCUUGUGGGCCUUCUGCCUCCCCCAAAAGACUCUGCCGCCGCCCUGCCGAGCCCCUGGACACUGCCGUGCCCGCCGUGGUGGUGGUCUCAGUGAAACACGACCCCCUGCCUCACCUCCUCCCCGAAGCCAAUGGGCACAGAAGCACCACCUCACCCACAGUAGUUUCACCUGCUAUUGUUUCCCCCACACAGGACAGUCGGCCCAAUAUGUCAAGACCUCUGAUCACUAGAUCCCCUGCAUCUCCAUUGAACAAUCAAGGCAUCCCCACUCCAGCCCAGCUCACAAAAUCCAACGCACCCGUUCACAUUGACGUGGGUGGGCACAUGUACACCAGCAGCUUGGCCACGCUUACCAAAUACCCUGACUCCAGAAUCGGGCGGCUCUUCGACGGCACGGAGCCCAUCGUCCUCGACAGCCUCAAGCAGCACUAUUUCAUCGACAGAGACGGGCAGAUGUUCAGAUACAUCCUGAAUUUCCUAAGGACAUCAAAACUCCUCAUUCCUGAUGAUUUCAAGGACUACAGUUUGCUAUAUGAAGAAGCGAAGUACUUCCAGCUGCAGCCCAUGCUAGGAGAGAUGGAGAGGUGGAAACAGGACCGGGAGAGUGGUCGCUUCUCCAAGUCUUGUGAGUGCCUGGUGGUGCGAGUGGCCCCAGACCUCGGCGAGAGGAUCACCCUGAGCGGGGACAAGUCGCUGAUAGAGGAGGUGUUCCCGGAGAUCGGGGACGUGAUGUGCAACUCGGUGAACGCCGGCUGGAACCACGACUCCACGCACGUCAUCCGCUUCCCGCUCAACGGCUACUGCCACCUCAACUCGGUCCAGGUACUUGAGAGGUUACAGCAAAGAGGGUUUGAGAUUGUUGGCUCCUGUGGAGGUGGGGUGGACUCUUCCCAGUUCAGUGAAUACGUACUGAGGCGAGAACUCAGACGGACGUCUCGCGCACCCUCCGUCAUUCGGAUAAAGCAAGAGCCUCUGGACUGAAAUGGACAUGUUUUCUUUAUGCAAAAAACAAAAACAAAACACCACCACAACAACCCAACAAAAAGAGAGGAAAAAAAAAAAGUACAAAAAAAAAAAAAAAGCUAAAAAAAAAAAAAAAACUAAGGGAAGGAAAGGAGAAAAAAAAAAAAAAAGAGGAGAAAGGGAGGAAAAAACAGAAAUAAAAAGACAAAAAGAAAAGGGGUGGGGUUGGGAACCACGUUUCACUUUGCAGUUUGGACUCCAAACAAGUCCUGGAAUGAAAAUUGAAUAAAAGACACAUUUCUAUCAAA